CUCAGGGAUGGGGUACCACCAGGACCCCAAGUGGUGGCUCUUGGUGACACUGUGCUCUAGAGUUCACUGGGUAAGGAGAGAUCCUGCCAGCCAGCCGCAGGUCUGGGUUCAUCUUCUGGGAGGAGAGCAGAGCCGAGGCUGCUGACUCUCCUUGGGGGGGUCCCAGGCGAGGUGUCAGGCCUGUGGGGUUGGGAGCAACCAGCAGUCUGAACACUGCAACACAUCCCCUUGGGCCUGGUGCCCAGGUCCCUUGGGGCAGGGACUCCACCUCUGCCUUCCUCCAGCCACCCCUACCCCCACCACAAGCUGUUGACAGUCUGGCCAUUCACUCCCUGCUCACAUUCCCACUCCCGGCUCUAAAAGGGGAAAACUUGUCAAGGACAGUCUUGACAAAUGGGUCACAGGCCACCCUUCUAUCACUAGUAAGGAGAUAGGCAACCAGGUUGGAACAGAAGAGGUUUUGAGAAGCCUGCUGGCUUGCCCAGGCUUACAGCAGGCACUGGCCUCCAAGGUCACAUCCCAGAAGGAGAUAGGGGCUGGCCUCCCACACCCACAUUCCUGCUCCCCCAUAUAAACCAGGGCAGCCCAGCCCCUCAAAGUGCCAGGAUGCAGGGUCCUUCUCUCUCUCAGCUGGCCCUGGUGCUGGCAGCAAUGGGGGCCCUGCUGGAGGCUGGGACCCCCAGAGAAGAGGUCUCCAGCACCCCAGCUUUGCCCAGGGAGCCAGCCACAGGCACCGAGGGGCUCAUCUUCCACUGGGACUGGAACUGGCCGCCCCCUGGCACCUGGCCCCUGGGUGGCCCUCAAGACCCCCUGUGCCUAGUGACCCUGGAUGGAGACCCUGGCAAUGGGAGCAGUCCUUUUCUGUGGGUGGUGGGGACUCUAAGCAGCUAUGAGCAGGCCUUCCUGGAGGCUGUGCGGCAUGCCCGCUGGGGUCCCCGAGACCUGACCAACUUUGGGCUCUGCCCUCCCAGCCUCAGGCAGGCUGCCCUGCCCCGUUUGCAGCAGCUGCAGGCGUGGCUGGGGGAGCCCAGGGGGCAGCGACUGGUGGUCCUGCACCUGGAGGAAGUGUUGUGGGAGCCAACACCCUUGCUGAAGUUCCAGGAGCCCCUACCUGGAGGAGCCAGCCCCCUGGAGCUGGCGCUGUUGGUGUUGUAUCCAGGGCCCGGCCCAGAGGUCACUGUCACCGGGGCUGGGCUGCCUGGCACCCAGAGCCUCUGCCCGACCAGGGACUCUGGCUUCCUGGCGUUGGCCGUCGACCACCCAGAGAGGGCCUGGCGUGGCUCUGGGCUUGCUCUGACCCUGCGACGCCGCGGAAAUGGUGCCUCCCUGAGCACCGCCCAGCUGCAGGCGCUGCUGUUUGGCGCCGACUCCCGCUGCUUCACACGGAUGACCCCGGCGCUGCUCCUGUUGCCGCCGCAGGGGCCGGUGCCGAUGCCCGCACACGGCCGGGUGGACUCAGUACCAUUCCCGCAGCCCAGGCUGUCCCCAGAGCCCGAGGAGCCUCUGCCCAGCACCGACCCCUUCCUGGAAACGCUCACGCGCCUUGUGCGUGCGCUGCGGGGACCCCCGGCCGGAAUCCCUCCGCCGAGUCUGGCUCUGGACCCGGGCGCGCUGGCCGGGUUCCCGCAGGGCCAGGUCAACUUGUCGGACCCUGCGGCGCUGGAGCGCCUGCUCGACGGCGAGGAGCCGCUGCUGCUGCUGCUGCCGCCGCCCAUCGCGGCCACCGCUGGCGUCCCCGCGCCGCUGCAGGGUCCGGUAACCGCGAUGUGGGCCUCAAGCCUAGCGCGCCGAGUGGCCGCCGAACUUCAGUCGGUAGCUGCCGAGCUGCGCGGCCUCCCCGGGCUGCCGCCCACCGCCACCCCGUUGCUGGCACGCCUAUUGGCACUGUGCCCAGGGGACCGAGGGGACCCCGGCGGCCCGCUGCGCGCAGUGUUGCUGCUCAAGGCGCUUCAGGGCCUGCGCACCGAGUGGCGCUGGAGGGAACGGAGCGGGCCGCCACGGGCGCAGCGCAGCGCUGGGACCUCGGUCUCCAGUGGGCCCUGUGCGCUGCGCGAGCUUAGCGUGGACCUGCGCGCCGAGCGCUCGGUGCUCAUCCCUGAGACAUAUCAAGCCAACAACUGCCAAGGCACCUGCGGCUGGCCGCAAUCGGACCGCAACCCGCGGUACGGCAACCACGUGGUGCUUCUGCUUAAGAUGCAGGCCCGCGGCGCCGCCCUGGCCCGCCCGCCCUGCUGCGUGCCCACAGCCUAUGCAGGCAAGCUCCUCAUCAGCCUGUCUGAGGAGCGCAUCAGUGCCCACCACGUGCCCAACAUGGUGGCCACCGAGUGCGGCUGCCGGUGACCCCGCGCCGUGCCCCGAGUGGCUCCCCGGCCCAUAUUUAUUCAAACCCGAUCGCCCCAAUAAAGACCAGAAAGCACGUG